UGGUGCACAAGCACAAGUACGUGUUUUCUGAAAAUGGAUUAGUAGCUCAUAAGAAUGGAGAGCUCAUUCAUAAACAGAGCAUACAGAAUGAAGUGGGAGAGGAAAAAUUGCAGCGAUUCAUUAACUUCUCUCUACGAUACAUGGCGGACCUGACAUUGCCCGUGAAAAGGGGUACCUUCAUAGAAUUCAGGAGUGGUCUAAUCAAUGUAUGUCCAGUGGGAAGGAGCUGCUCACAAGCUGAGAGAGAGGAAUUCAACGCAUACGACCAGGAACAUAAAGUGAGGGAAAAAUUUGUGAUGGCCUUACGAAAAGAAUUUGCAGACUUUGGAUUGCAGUAUUCCAUAGGGGGACAGAUAAGUUUUGACGUGUUUCCUAAAGGCUGGGACAAGACCUACUGCUUGAGACACGUGCUCCAAGAUGGUUUCAAAACGAUUCACUUCUUCGGAGACAAAACCAUUCCCGGCGAAAACGAUUACGAGAUUUUCGCGGAUGAAAGGACGAUUGGUCAUUCUGUGACCAGUCCAGCUGAUACCAUGCAGCAAGUGUGCGAACUGCUCCAAAUGACCAGUCUAUGAUGUUGGAAAGCUUUCACUGUCAAGUGCUGCCAUCUAGCGUGAAUUAUGUUAUUGAAUGUUAUGCGAGUGCGCCGGUUUUGGAAACAUUCCAUUAAGUUAUCGUACUAUGAGUUGAGACCAUGGUUGAGACCCAUACAUAUGAAAUAUCCUCCAUUUAAAAUUUCUGUUUAUCUUGCGUUAAUAAUA